AUGGAUGUGGCACUACUGGAGGACUGGUGCAAGGGGAUGGACCUGGACCCCAGGAAAGCUCUACUCAUUGUGGGCAUUCCUAUGGAGUGCAAUGUGGCUGAGAUAAAUGACAUCGUGAAGGCAAGCUUACAUUCCUUGGGCACGUGCAGAGUGAUAGGCAGAAUGUUCAGAAGGGAAGACAGUACUAAAGCAGCCUUAAUUGAAUUGAGUGAGAUUGUUGACUAUGCUAUGGUGCCCAGUCAGAUCAUGGGAAAUGGGAUCCCCUGGGAGGUGGUAGUAAGGCCCCGUACCCCAGAUGAUGAGUUUCUCAAUAGAUUGAAGUCCUUUCUGAAAGAUGAGGGCCGGAGAAUGGCAGAUGUGGCCAAAAUCCUGGGGCAUAGCACCGGCUCUAUGAAGUCAAAGGGCCAAUGCAAACCAGAAGGUGGGAAUACUCUAAGUGAAAGCACAUGGUACCGAAAACUGAAAUUGUUUUCUGGCAGUGCUUUCCCAGGUCAGGGUGAAGAGCCCUUUGACUCCUGGUUAGAGCAGGCCACUGAGAUAAUGCAGACAUGGCAGGUGUCAGAUGGGGAGAAGAGGCGGCGCCUUCUAGAGAGCUUACGUGGCUCUGCCCUGUCAAUCAUGAGGGUGCUGCGGGCCAGCAAUGACUCCAUUACUGUGGAACAGUGCCUGGAUGCCCUAAAGCAGAUCUUUGGGACUAAAGAGGAUUGUAGAAUCUCACAGUUCAGGCUUCUUCAGUGUUCUCGGAGGCCAGCUGAGAAGCUCUCUGCUUACUUGCUACGCUUAGAGCCUCUAUUGCAGAAAGUUGUGGCACAAAGCCCAUUGCCCAAGCGAAGUUCAGACACAAUUCGUCUCAAGCAUGUCUUAGCUCAGGUCUCCAUAACCCCUGCCCUCAAGGGCAAGCUAACACUUUUAGAUCAACGAGAGUGCCCACCCACUUUUCUGGAAUUAAUGAAGCUCACUCGAGAUGAAGAGGAGUGGGAGAUGGCUGCAAUGGUGAUGGAAAAGCAACAGAAGCAGGUAGAAAAGGCACAUCAGGAUUCUGAGAACCAGGACAAUCAGGACACCACCCAGACAGAGUCUUAUCAAGAGAUCAGCACACAGACUGUAAAACCGGAAAUGACCAUGUCAGUGAAGCGCAGGCGACUGCUGUCGGGAAACAGCACUGCAGAGGAAGGGUACAUGGAAGAAGGAAGUCCCAGGAAUAAAAUCAGACUUGUUGAGCAGAAGCUCCAGGUUUCAUUAGAGGAGUUGGGAAACGAGAGAGGGGUUGGGACUGUGAGCCGCCUCAAACCCCAGGAAAUAUAG